CAUCGUUCCCUCUUGUGUCUCGGCUGUCUCCUCCCACCCCCUUCUGCAAAAAGGGUUUGAAAUUAUGUGUUGAAUUUUUCCUAAUAAUCGUUUCCUUGUUCUUUCGAUACAGACUUCAUUUAAUGUUUGCUUCCUUUUUCAUGAUUGAAGAUCUCCAUCUCUCUUUCAUAGACCCCACACGGAAACCUUUUCCAUAAUCAUUACCAAGCACUUUCUAUUCUGUUACUUCGCAUGUUGGGGGUUUGAUUAAAGGGUUUCUUCUCCUUUUUGGGUUUAUUUUCCUUUCCACCAUCACAUCCUCAUUUUGAAGAUCAUUUCGUGUUGAUUGGGUUAUUCCUCUCCUUGAAAGGAGAGGAAUUUAAAUCUAUGGGAGUAGAAAAAGAAUUUAGUGAGACCCUUCUAUUUAACAAACACAAUCGCCUUAAGCAAUAUCAUCUACUUGACGGGAGGUUUUGAUUCUAGGGUUUGUUUUAAUGUUUUAUAUCCGUUAAUGUAAGAUUCUUUGGUCUUCUGUGACACCCUUUUGUACAAUUUGGUUGUUGAUUUCAUCUGCUUCUCUUAGGACUUUUUACAGACGGCUGGUGUUCGUGAAGGGUUUGAUCUGGUUUCAACUGUUGUAACCACAAUUAUAAGGAAAAAAGACUAAUAUUGAUAAUGGGUUGUGUUAAUUGCAAGUGUUGUGGCAGAUUCCCAUCAUCUUCUUCUGAUGAUAAUGGGGACAUUCAUGCAAUUGAGCCAUUAGAAGUUGUUCAUAUUCUUUCUCACAAUCUUUAUUUGGAGUAUUCAGUGCUUUCUCAACGUGGGUAUUACCCUGAUACACCUCAUAAAGAGAAUCAAGAUUGUUACUGUAUCAAGACCCACAUUCAAGGUGACCCCAAUGUUCACUUCUUUGGUGUUUUUGAUGGGCAUGGUCAAUCUGGCACACAAUGUGCGAAUUUUGUCAAGAAUAGGCUAAUCGAGAUCCUUUGUAGUGAUGAUAGAUUGUUGGAAGAUCCUGCCGUAGCUUUUAACUCCGCAUUCUCCACUACGAACGAUGAGCUUCAUGCAAAUCAAGAAAUUGAUGAUUCUAUGAGUGGCACAACUGCAAUUGUGACUCUUGUCAUUGGUGAUAGGCUUUUCGUUGCUAAUGUGGGUGAUUCAAGAGCUGUGAUGUCAGUUAAGGAAGAGGGUAAUUAUCAACUUGUUGCUGAGGAUUUGUCCUCUGACCAAACGCCUUACAGGAAAGAUGAAUGUGAGAGAGUGAAGCUCUGUGGGGCCAGGGUUUUGAGUGUUGAUCAAGUUGAAGGGCUAAAAGAUGAGACUAUCCAAUCGUGGGGUGAUGAAGAGAGCCAAGGUAGUGAUCCACCACGGUUGUGGGUGCCAAAUGGAAUGUAUCCUGGGACUGCAUUUACACGUAGCAUUGGAGAUAGUUUGGCAGAACAUAUCGGUGUUGUGGCUGUUCCUGAAGUAAAAGAAUUUCAGCUCACUGCCAACAUUCCAUUUUUUGUCCUUGCAAGUGAUGGCGUAUUUGAGUUCCUAUCCAGCCAAGAUGUUGUGAAUAUGGUGAACAUGUAUGCAGAUCCCCGGGAUGCAUGUCGUGCUAUUACCCGAGAAUCAUACAAAUUAUGGUUAGAGCAGGAGAAUCGAACAGACGAUAUAACAAUCAUUGUUGUGCAUGUUAAAAGCUUAUCCGAUGUAAUACAAAAGGGAGUUAUUGCUUUCAGUGACUUUGUUCGAGCACUUAAUGUUACGGAUGGAACAGGAUUCAUAGAGAGUCAGGAGGUUAAGAAAAUGUUGAUCGGACUUUUAUGCGAGUCUCAGCUGAAACUGGCUGAUGAUACCAUUGAGAUAGUGCUCGAUAAGGUGAGCUUACUUUUGUAACUGUAACAUUCUUGAAGCAACAUCAAUACACAACAGAUAGAAAUUACAUAAAAGGUGAAAAAGGUAUUCAUUUGGCCCGUGUACUGUCCAAUAAAAUUACUAUUUGCAC